CCACUCCACGUCUCCCACCUACUGGUCAGACUGCCUCGGAGGCUCAGCGCUGCGUUUCGUUUCCACGACUGGUAGGCGACGCGUCCACCGUCCCCACAAAACCCACAAACUCCUCUCUCUCGUUCCCUGAGAAAUUCACAAAUUUCACACACCAAACCCGAAAGCAAAAUCCUAUCUAUUCUAUUCUAUAGAAGACUCCUUUAAACUCCAAAAAAAAACCUCAAAGCCUCGCUUGCGUCAAUGUCCUCAGAUUCGACCUCUGGAGACGACUCCUCCGACGCUAACCCUAACCCUACCCCCAAACCACUCGAAGAUCAGUUCGCAUCGGUCACAUUGGCCGAGCCCCACAAUGAAGUGCCAGAGAGUCAAGAGGCCCUAAACGGCGUCGCAAAUGGGCCUCUGGCGGAGAACAAUCACCGAGAAAUCGAGAGCACUGACCGAGAAGGAACCGUUAGCGGUGUGGAGGGACGAAUUGAGAGCAAUUUGGAGGUGGAGGAGGCGAGGGAGAGUGUGGAGCGAGGCGUGGUGUGGAGCAGGACGAAUUCGGAGCUGGAAGUGGACGGGCCGUCGAGUCCGAGUAGUAGUGGGUAUGCCGGCGAAAGGGGCAGUACCGGUGCGAGUAGUGGUGGGUCGGGGAUUGAUGGGAUUGGCGAGGAUGAGAUACAGGAAGUGGAAAAUGAGGGUUCGGUCAAUGGGUUUUCAGAUUCGCCGGCCACGUGGGUGCCCGGAAAGCGGCACCUCGAUGAGGAUGAUGCUUCCAUAUCAUGGAGAAAAAGGAAGAAGCACUUUUUUAUUCUUAGUAACUCAGGCAAACCAAUAUACUCCAGAUAUGGAGAUGAACACAAGCUAGCAGGAUUUUCAGCAACAUUGCAGGCUAUCAUUUCCUUUGUGGAGAACGGGGGGGAUCGUGUCAAAUUGGUGAGGGCAGGAAAGCACCAGGUGGUUUUUCUUGUGAAGGGACCCAUUUACUUAGUUUGCAUUAGCUGCACAGAAGAGCCUUACGAGUCAUUGAGGGGGCAACUGGAACUAAUUUAUGGUCAGAUGCUUCUUAUUUUAACAAAGUCGGUAAAUAGAUGUUUCGAGAAGAAUCCAAAGUUUGAUAUGACACCUUUGCUUGGAGGAACAGAUGUUGUCUUCUCAUCUUUAAUCCAUUCCUUCAGUUGGAACCCAGCCACAUUUCUUCAUGCAUACACUUGUCUUCCCCUUGCUUAUGCAACGAGACAAGCUGCAGGUGCUAUAUUGCAAGAUGUUGCCGAUUCAGGUGUUCUAUUUGCAAUAUUAAUGUGCAAGCACAAGGUUGUCAGUCUUGUUGGUGCUCAAAAAGCUUCUCUUCAUCCUGAUGAUAUGCUACUGCUUGCCAACUUUGUUAUGUCAUCAGAAUCAUUUAGGACUUCUGAAUCUUUUUCACCAAUUUGCCUUCCAAGAUAUAAUCCCAUGGCCUUUUUGUAUGCUUAUGUCCAUUAUUUUGAUGUUGACACAUACUUGAUGUUGCUCACUACAAGUUCUGAUGCCUUUUAUCAUCUUAAGGAUUGCAGGAUUCGUAUUGAAGUGGUUCUUUUGAAGUCAAAUGUUCUUAGUGAAGUUCAGAGAUCCAUGCUGGAUGGUGGGAUGCAUGUUGAGGAUUUGCCCACUGAUCCAUUACCUCGUUCUGCAUCUGUAUCUCCGCAUCUAGGACAACCUAAAGAUUCUCCUGAGAGAUUCAGACAAGCAUAUGUUGGCACUGGUGGUCCUGCUGGACUUUGGCAUUUCAUAUACCGUAGCAUAUAUCUGGAUCAGUAUGUAUCUUCAGAGUUCUCACCAGCAAUUAGUAGCUCACGACAGCAGAAAAGAUUAUAUAGAGCUUACCAGAAACUUUAUGCUUCUAUGCAUGAUAGUGGAAUUGGUCCUCACAAAACUCAGUUUAGAAGAGAUGAAAAUUAUGUUCUACUCUGUUGGGUCACCCAGGAUUUUGAACUAUAUGCAGCAUUUGAUCCACUUGCAGACAAGGCAUUGGCGAUAAAGACUUGCAACCGAGUUUGCCAAUGGGUGAAAGAUGUGGAAAAUGAAAUUUUUUUGCUGGGAGCAAGCCCCUUUUCAUGGUGAUAUACCCUAUGAUUCUGUAAUACAGCAUGUACUAUAGUUUUGUUUUAUUUAAUAAAAUCCCACAAUUAUUUUGUUCCCA